AUGUUGCGCAAGAAGCUUGCCCAGAUUGAACAAAACCGGGCAUCCUCUGAUCCCCUUCCAAAAGUCACCGCGCCCUAUGCAUCAUCAACCUUUUACAAACUCAAGAAUGUUGAGGAUAAACCCAAGGCCAAAAGAUGGGACGACCGUUUUAGCGUUGACAGCCAUAACCAAAUCAUCUCACCCUUGAAGCUCGCAUCCAGGACGUUCAAUCAUCCUGACAUGAUCAGUCUGGGAGUUGCUCGGCCUUCUGCCGAGUACUUCCCCUGGGAAUCUAUGGAUCUUUUCUGCCCCGAUAGUUCAUCACCUGGCGCCAAGAGCCCUCUUGAGUCAGGUGUCCGGAUGGGCUGUGCCAAGGGCGAAGAUGACUAUGACCUCGGCAUCGCCAUGAACUAUGGCUACUCUUCAGGAUCUCCUCAUCUUCUUCGAUACCUCACCGAGCACACGGAGCUACUACACAAUCCCCCUUACCAAGACUGGGAAACCGUCCUCAGCUGCGGCACCACCUCUGCCAUGGAGAUUGCCUUUCGCAUCUUUACCAACCCUGGCGACACUGUUCUCAUGGACGGGUACAUGUACUCGGGCACUAUUACUGCUGCUCAGUCCCAGGGGUUGAAGAUCCUGGGCAUUGAGAUGGAUGACCAAGGCAUCAUACCCGCGGAUCUGGACCACAAGUUGGAGACCUGGGACUCGAAGAAGGGGCGAAAGCCUUUUGUUCUAUACACAAUCCCAAGUGGACAGAACCCAACAAGCACAACGCAGAGUUUGGAGCGACGGAAGGAGAUCUACCAACUUGCCGAGAAGCAUAAUCUCUUCAUCCUCGAGGAUGACCCUUACUUCUAUUUCCAGAUGGGAAAAGACGCAAAGGAUGCACCUCCUACCGAUCUGGACGAGUACAUCAAAAGCCUGCCAGUAUCUUAUCUGUCUCUUGACGUCUCUGGCCGUGUUCUCAGAAUGGACACAACCUCCAAGAUCCUAGCCCCAGGUCUACGCUGCGGAUGGGUGACAGGAAGCUCCCAAGUCAUCGAAAAGUUCAUAUGUUACUCAGAAGUCGGCGUCGUCUGCCCAAGUGGCCCCUCACAGGUCAUGGCAUACAAGCUAUUGGAUGUGACUUGGGGUCACGAAGGUUUCAUCCGAUGGCUCAUGAACUUGUCAGCCGAGUAUCGUCGGAGACGAGAUGUCCUCGUCGCCGCUUGCGAGAAGCAUCUUCCUGCUGAGUACUGCGUGUGGCAGGUUCCAGAAGUCGGCAUGUUUCUGUGGAUUGACCUUGACUUAUCCAAGAGCAACCCGACGAUAAAUCAAGUCAACGGAUCCGCGCCGUGGCAAAAAUACCUUGAGGUUGAAGGAGAUAUUUUCUCUCGGGCACAAGAGAAUGGAGUGCUCGUUAGUAGGGCUAGUUGGUUCAUGCCCGAUGUAAAGGAUUUAAAGCAGGUUAGUUUCCGUUUGACGUUUGCAGCGGCGAAGGAAGAUACUCUGGAUCGAGCGAUGGAGCGGUUUGGCCGUGCUGUCCGAUCAUAUUUUGAAAAGGGCCAGCAGAAUGGGAAGGCUUGA